AUGCGGAGCACCGCGCGGGCGCCGAGCGCGCGCGUGGUGGCGCGGCGCGCGAUCGGUGGUCGACGCGGGACGGAUGCGCGGCGCGCGCGGACGGAGGCGAGCGCGCCGGCGACGAGCGGGGCGUCGUCGACGAGCGCGGACAGUGAGCGUGAAUUUAAUGCGUACAUCAAGGGCGUGAACGCGAAGAUUGAGCGGGCGCUCGACGCGAGCGUGCCGGUGCAUUACCCGGAGCGUCUGAGUGAAUCCAUGAGAUACUCCCUGCUCGCGGGGGGGAAGCGGAUUCGACCGGCGCUGUGUUUGGCGGCGUGCGAACUCGUGGGUGGUGAUAUGGAGACGGCGAUGCCGACGGCGUGCGCGCUGGAGAUGAUUCACACCAUGUCGCUGAUUCACGACGAUUUGCCGAGCAUGGAUAACGACGACUUUCGGAGAGGCAAGCCGACGAACCACAAGGUGUACGGGGAGGAGAUGGCGAUUUUAGCCGGUGACGCUUUAUUGAGCCACGCAUUCGAGUACAUCGGAAGAGAAACGAAGGGUGCGAGCGCGGAGAAGGUGUUGCGCGUGAUUGUGGACGUUGGUAAGUGCGUCGGGAGCGAAGGGUUGGUCGGGGGCCAAGUCGUGGAUAUCAUGUCGGAGGGUGCGGGUCCGGAGAACGUGACGGUUGAUACGUUGAAGUACAUUCACGCGCACAAGACCGGGGCGCUUCUUGAGGUGAGUGUCACGGCUGGGGCGAUUCUCGGGGGGGCGAGCGAGGAGCAAAUUGGCAAGUUAGAACGAUACGCGCAAAACAUCGGGUUAGCGUUCCAAGUCGUCGAUGACAUCCUUGACUGCACAGCGAGUAGUGAAGAGCUCGGUAAGACCGCGGGUAAGGAUGUAGCCGUCGGUAAGACCACCUACCCGAGUUUAGUUGGCAUGGAAGAGUCCAAGCGCAUCGCCGCAGACCUCAUUAGCAAGGCGAAGGCGGAGUUGGAGGGCUUCGAUCCAGUGAAGGUUCGACCCCUCAUCGGUCUCGCCGAUUACAUUCAAAACCGCAAGAACUAA